AUGAGUGACCCGCGCGAGCCCUCCUACUCGAUUGUGCCGAGAAUUCGGUACAACACCGUCGGCGGUGUCAACGGACCCCUCGUCAUUCUCGAGAAUGUUAAAUUCCCCAGAUACAACGAGAUUGUCUCCCUGACCCUUCCCGAUGGAACCAACAGACAGGGCCAGGUCCUCGAGGCUCGAGGUGACCGAGCCGUUGUUCAGGUCUUUGAGGGAACGUCAGGCAUCGAUGUUAAGAAGACGAAAGUCGAGUUCACGGGCGAGAGCUUGAAGCUCGGUGUGUCGGAGGACAUGCUUGGUCGUAUCUUUGAUGGUUCCGGACGAGCUAUCGACAAGGGCCCCAAGGUCCUCGCCGAGGACUACCUCGACAUCAACGGCAGUCCCAUCAACCCCUUCUCCCGUGAAUACCCCGAAGAAAUGAUCUCGACCGGUAUCUCUGCCAUCGACACCAUGAACUCCAUCGCCCGUGGCCAAAAGAUCCCCAUUUUCUCUUCGUCUGGUCUGCCGCACAACGAAAUCGCCGCCCAGAUUUGCCGACAGGCUGGUCUCGUCCAGCAGAAGGGUGUCACCAACAAGGGUGUUCACGACGGCCACGAGGAGAACUUCUCCAUCGUUUUCGGUGCCAUGGGUGUCAACUUGGAGACUGCCAGAUUCUUCACCCGCGAUUUCGAGGAGAACGGUUCCUUGGAGCGUGUCACUCUUUUCCUCAACCUUGCCAACGAUCCUACUAUCGAGCGUAUUAUUACUCCCCGUCUGGCCCUUACUACCGCCGAAUACUACGCCUACCAGCUCGAGAAGCACGUUCUCGUUAUUCUGACCGAUCUGUCGGCCUACUGCGACGCUCUGCGUGAGGUGUCUGCCGCACGUGAAGAAGUCCCGGGUCGUCGUGGUUACCCCGGUUACAUGUACACUGAUUUGUCCACCAUUUACGAGCGAGCCGGUCGUGUGGCUGGUCGCAACGGAUCCAUCACCCAGGUCCCUAUUUUGACCAUGCCCAACGAGGAUAUCACUCACCCCAUUCCCGAUUUGACGGGCUACAUCACGGAGGGCCAGAUUUUCGUCGACAGAGGUCUGUACAACCGUGGUAUCUACCCGCCCAUCAACGUCCUGCCUUCGCUCUCUCGUCUCAUGAAGUCUGCCAUCGGUGAAGGCAUGACCCGCAAGGACCACGGUGAUGUUUCCAACCAGCUGUACGCCAAAUACGCCAUCGGUCGUGACGCCGCUGCCAUGAAGGCAGUCGUCGGUGAGGAGGCUCUGUCUGCCGAGGACAAGCUCUCCCUCGAGUUCCUCGAGAAGUUCGAGCGCCAGUUCAUCAACCAGGGCCAGUACGAGUCGCGUAGCAUUUUCGAGUCUCUCGACCUCGCGUGGAGCUUGCUCCGUCUCUACCCCAAGGAGUUGCUCAACCGUAUUCCCGGAAAGGUCCUCAACGAGUUCUACCAGCGUGCGGCGAAGGAGGCCAAGGACAAGGGCAAGCAGAGGCAGCAGGUGCAGCAGAACGAGGAGAACCUGAUUGACGCAUAA